GUCGAGGAGUGAGAAUGGCUACGGCGGAGUCGUCGGAGGGAGAGGAGGAAGGGAAGCUGAUAGGAGGGAACCACCAGCUGGUGGUGGACGACGACCUCCGUGAGAUGGCUAAAAAGGCCGCUUGGAGCGUCAGCUCCUGCAAGCCCGGCAACGGCGUCCAGUGCCUCCGCGACGAUAACCUAGAUUCCUACUGGCAAUCAGAUGGUGCGCAGCCUCAUUUGGUAAAUAUUCAGUUUCAGAAAAAAGUAAAGUUGCAACUAGUGGUCCUGUAUGUGGAUUUCAAGCUUGAUGAGAGCUACACACCCAGCAAAAUCUGUAUCCGGGCUGGUGAUGGAUUCCACAACUUGAAGGAGAUAAAAACUGUGGAGCUUGUUAAGCCAAUCGGUUGGGUAUAUAUAUCCUUAUCUGGCACUGAUCCUCGGGAAGCAUUCAUUAACACCUUUAUGCUGCAAAUUUCUGUGUUAUCCAACCACCUUAAUGGGAGGGAUACCCAUGUGCGCCAGAUCAAAGUUUAUGGGCCUCGCCUGAACCCUAUUCCUCACCAACCCUUUCAGUUCACUUCAAGGGAGUUCAUUACAUAUUCAUGUGUGAGAUGAGAAUUAUGAAAUCAUAUGCAUGAUGAGAUUAGCUGGUAGAGGAACAAGUGGC